AUGCAAAGACCAGCCGCUCUCGGGGCUCAAGCCGAAGGAAUGCUGUUGGACAGUUGGGCAGGCCACUCGCUGAAAUGCUCUUCCAACGGUGGACAGUGGACACUAGGCCGUAACCUUGGCAGGUAUCCCGAGCAGCGAAAUCUUCAUGUACAAGGCCCGCGGGCCAUGGCAAGCCGCAAGAUGACAUUGGGACAUUGCCUGUUCGUGGAUUCGCUGUCAACGGUUCGAGGCCAGGCCAGGCCUGGCCAUCCUGUGGCCCUGUCACCCAGGGCACUAGCGCUGAUGAACCCCCCGGCGGUGUUUCCCCUGGCGAGCGACAUCCGUGCGUGUUCUCCGUCAGGAACGGAACUUGUGGGACAUGAUUCGGGGAAAUUGGGUGGUUGUGACAUUGCGAGAACAUGA